AUGCUUUCAUUUAUGUUGUUGUCUGUGCUCUUGCUCACACUUCUGGCCAUUCUGGGACUGCAUGUGCUGUUGAAUCUGAUGUGGGUUUCACCCUGCUGGCUCUCCAUCUCUGACUCCUGGUUGGACGGGUUUGACGUCCAACGGCUUAGGGUCCAGCGUGUUCGACUAAUUAACCCUAACCGCUCCGUUGCCUGGGUGAAAAUAUAG